AUGAAGCACCGCAACGCGUUUCGCAAGCUGGGUCGCGCGAGCAGCCAUCGAUGGGGAUUGCUCCGCACCAUGGUGUCUCAGCUUAUUCAGCACGAGCGGAUUGAAACCACAGUCGCCAAGGCCAAGGAGUUGAGAUCUGUUGCGGAUCGAAUGGUCACUCUCGCAAAGGAGGGCACGCUGCAAUCACGCAGGGAGGCAGCGGCAGUGGUGAGAGGGAAGGAUGUGCUACAAAAGCUGUUCUACGACCUGUCAGAGAGAUACAAGGAUAGAGCAGGAGGCUACACUCGAGUGCUCCCAACACGGACACGCGUUGGGGAUGCGGCUCCCAUGGCUUAUAUCGAGUACAUUGACCGUCCCGACGAGCUUCGUCGCAGCCGCCCCCCAUCGAUUCCACCGCCCCCCUCCGAGCCCCAGGCGCCUUGGGCCCCCUGGGUGCUCUCCGCCCUCCUAUCCGCCUCUGAGCCCCAGGCCCACUGGGUGCUCUCCGCCCUCCUAUCCGCCUCUGAGCCCCAGGCCCCCUGGGUGCUCUCCGCUCUCAGGGGAUGCCAGGCUCCUCCUGCUACUGCUUCUGCUGAUUCUUGUGCCCCGUCUUCCACUUCUGCUCCUUCUUCCUCUUCUGCUCCUGCUCCUGCUCCUGCUCCUGCUCCUGCUGCUGCUGCUGCUCCUGCUCCUGCUCCUGCUCCUGCUCCUGCUCCUGCUCCUGCUGCUGCUGCUGCUGCUGCUGCUGCUGCUGCUGCUGCUGCUGCUGCUGCUGCUGCUGCUGCAUCCCACCAGCCACAUCCCACCAGCCACGUCCCACCAACAAUCACCCGCUACCAAACCCGACUCCUCGUAAUCAACCCGGUCACCCCCACCACCCUAUCGCCCCCCAGCUCCUAG